GUAUGAUCCACUUCUCACAGAGUCACGUUUUAUAUCUGCAGGACAGAGGCUGUCGCUCGCUCAUUCUUUGAGUUGACUGGAGGUCGUCUGUCCAAAACUUGACCAACAAGAGAGGACCCAGUCGCCUGCGAAGAUUGUCUCGAGCAACAUGGGUGACUACAACUCGUCCGGAGGGCCCUGGGCGGCGACCGAGCCCGACGAGCCCGUGACGGCGGCACCGGACUGGGGAGACCCUCCCCUCGGGCCUGAGGCCACUGCUGUCCCGAUCGUCUUCGCUCUGAUCUGCGUGGUGGGCCUGGCGGGGAACCUCCUGGUCAUCUACGUGGUCUGGAAGUACGAGAGGAUGAAAUCUGUGACGAACUACUACAUCGUGAACCUUGCCGUUGCUGACGUGGCGUUUCUGCUCUGCUGUGUGCCGUUCAGCGCCGCAGGGUUCGCCACCACCAGCUGGCACUACGGACUCUUCAUGUGCAAGUUCGUCUUCUACUUCAUGCAGGUGACUACGAUGGCCACCUGCCUGACGCUCGCGGCCCUGAGUAUAGACCGGUACGUCGCCAUCGUCCACCCGGUGUCCUCCAUCGACCGCCGCACACCCGCACUUGCCAUGGCCAUCAGCGGCUGCAUCUGGAUAGGGUCCUUUCUGCUCUCCGUGCCGGUUGCCAUCUAUACCCAGCUGGUGGAGGGGUUCUGGUACGGGCCGCAGGUGUACUGUCAGGAGCAGUGGCCAUCCCCGCAGGCCGAACUCGGCUACAACAUCUACACCAUCCUGAUCAGUUACGUCAUCCCCCUUCUGAUCAGCGCCACGUCACACACGCUUAUCGUCUGUAGCCUAUACAAGAACAGCGUGCAGCCGCUUCAGAAUCAGCAGAACGAGCAACAGGCGCUGCGGAAGAAGAAGAAAGUGACGCGGAUGGUGGCGGUGGUCGUGAUUCUGUUCGCGGCGUGCUGGCUGCCGAACCACCUCAUCAACCUGUGUUCACAGCUGAAGGUGGUACAUCUCGGGUAUGAAGUGUACUGUAUGAAGAUCGCAGCGCUCUGCCUGAGUUACGCCAACUCCGCCGCCAACCCCUUCGUCUAUGGCUUCAUGGGGCAAAACUUCCGCAAGAGCUUCAAGAAGGCAUUCCCAAGAUGUUUCCACCAAAACAGGGUGGCUGUGAUGAUGCCGGACGGGGCCCGAGCGGGCGGUUCCGGGUCCCGGGGGGGAACCGGCUCCGGGAACGGCAACAACGUCAACCUCAAGCCGUUCGUGCAGAACAAGGUCUACACUGUGGAAGAGCGGAUCCCCACGGUUUAGGUAUUACCUCCGACAGAACAAGGUCUACACGGUGGAAGAGCGGAUCCCCACGGUUUAGGUAUUACCUCCGACAAAACAAGGUCU